CUUCUUUUCCUCUCCGGGAGCCUGGAGUGUCCCCCAGGCAGAGAUGCAUGGAACUUCAGCCCACUGGGAACUGACAGCGGGCGCAGGCUUGUAUCUGUCUCCCUGAGAAUUUUGGGCAGCUGAAGGGUUUGGUGGAAAAACAGAUAAUACUGAAACAACAAAUUGGAGGAAAACGAUACAGGAUUGUGGACGUUUCUGAAAGCGCUAUCAGCCUGUACAGCAUGAUCUCGCAGUGCUUGCUGAUGUUAUAUCUCCUCCUCUUCCUGCGGCCAGCAUCUUCAGGUCCCGUACCUGGAACACAAUGUGUGUUGUCACCUGUAACGGAUUCUCACCCUGUCCAAGCCUUGCUGGAAAGUUUCACUGUAUUGUCUGGCUGUGCAAGUAAAGGCACGGCAAGUCAUCCACAGGAGGUGCACAUCAUAAAUGUGAGAUGUGCAGAGGAAGACCCCUGUCAAAGUGAAAAAAUGGUCACAUUAUAUUUGACACCAAUUUCUACAAUCCCUGUUCACCGGAAGCCAUUGGUGUUUAUCCUAAACUCCCCCCAAGCCUUGACAUGGGAGCUGAAGACUGAGAGACUUGAAACAGGCAUUCCAAAGUUUUUCUUUGUAUCACAAGGAUCUACGGUUCGGUAUGAAGCCGGAAACUUCUCCUUGUCAUCGCAAGCGCAAGAUAAAGAGCUCCCAUCUGGAAAUGAUGAUUUGUUAGCAUGGGCCCAUAAGAAUUAUGGGGCAGUAACAUCUUUCACGGAAGUCAAAUUGUCCAAAAACAUUUACAUCAAAGUGGGUGAAGAUCCACUGUUUCCUCCAAUGUGUAGAAUAGAGAAGAAUUUUCUCUCCUUGAAUUAUCUUGCAAGUUAUCUUCAGCCCCAAUAUGCCGAGGGCUGCAUUUUAUCAAUGUCUACCGAAGAAAGAUCAGUUCAUAUCAUUGAGCUGGAUGCUCCAAGCUCCAAACCAUACAGCUCCUUCCAGGUGGACAUAAUUGUUGACAUCCGACCAUUUCAUCCAGAAGCCAAGCUUGUCAAAAACCUGGUACUUAUCCUCAAAUGCAGAACAGCAGUGAACUGGGUUAUCAAAGCUCACGAUAUUCAAGGGAAACUGGAAGUACUGACCCCAAACAGUAUUAGCUUUGGAAAAGAGACGGAUAAGUCGUUAUUCACAAGCAAACUGGUUACUCCAAAUAUUCCCUCUACAAAAGAAAAUUUACUAAGAUGGGCGUUGGAUAAUGGGUACUACCCAGUGACAUCUUUCACACAUGCACCCGUUGCAAACAGAUUCAACAUAGAACUCCAUGAUGAUCUAGAGAUGAAUGAUGAUGAUGAUUCACUAAUGCCUCCAGAGCUGACUGAGCUUUUACGGAUUAGUAACCACGAUGGGGCAUUCUCUUCAUUGCCUGAUGGUUUUCCAAUUAUGUUGGACAGAGGAAGAAACCGUGAAGGAGAACGCUCACCAACCGAUGUUCUAGAUAAAAUACCCUUCAUUGAUGGGCUACCACAAGAACCUGAAGAAGUGACGGGAAAUAUUAAAGUGGCUCUGUCUGUAAAAUGUGAUCAGGAAAUGAUGAUGGCAGCGAUAGAGAAAGACAGCCUUCAGGCCAAUGGAUACAUAGGCACAGAUCUCUCUCUACUUGAUCCAACUUGCAGAGCAACAGAAAAUGGCACUCAUUUUAUCUUAAAGUCUUCACUGACUGGAUGUGGAACAAAGCAUAACGUUGGCGACCCAAAACACAUUGUUUACUACAACACUAUUGUUAUACAGCUGUCACCGGCCACUGAAGGAAGUGGCUGGGCUAGUGAUUACGAGGAUUUGGAGUCUGGAGAUAGCGCUUUUCCGGGAGAUACAGAUGAAACUGAAAUAGGCCUUCCCUACUUCAAGAGGCCUGAAAUUGUGGUGUUCAACUGCACAGUACCCCAAGACACUGACUCUUCAGCUGGCAUAACAUUUGGAGCUCUAAACAAUGUCACAUUUAAUAUGGACCUCUAUAAAACUGACUUGUUCCUCACUCCUUCUCAGAAACACUUCUCUGUUGCAGAAAAUGGACCGGUUUACGUAGAGGUUUCAGUAACAAAGGCAGUCAAAGAUUUGAGCUUUGCCAUACAGACAUGUUUCAUUUCACCGCACUCCAAUCCUGACAUCAUGUCAGAAUAUACAAUCAUUGAAAAUAUAUGUCCCAAAGACGAGUCGGUAAAGUUUUACAACGUCACAAGGAUGAGUUUCCCCACACUUCAGGAACAGACGGACAAGAAGAGGUUCCGCUUUAUGUUUAAAUCGAUGUUCAACUUGUCCCUAGUCUUUCUGCACUGUGAAAUUACCUUGUGUACCACGGACGACAAAGAGACAGACGGUCUACUCAAAUGUAUUGAUCCUGAGAAAGCUUGCACGUCUCUUGAUGGGAGGAUGAUAAUGGCAAUGAUGAACAACAAGAAGACAUUUACGAAGCCUUUGGUAGUGGUCACAGAAGUAGACAACACUCAAGAUUCCUCUGUCAAUGCAAAUCGCCCAAGUGCUCCACAACCAGUUUUCUACGGCUUAGACACGCCAACAGUUGUAAUAAUUGCGUUUGCAGCAUUUAUAAUCGGAGCAUUGUUAACAGGAGCCUUGUGGUACAUCUAUUCUCAUACAGGAGAACCACUUUUCUGUCGACUAUCCAAGAGCAUUUCAGGUGGUACAGCAGGAAGGCAACAGGUCCCCACAUCCCCGCCGGCUUCAGAAAACAGCAGUGCAGCACACAGUAUUGGCAGCACACAAAGCACACCCUGUUCUAGCAACAGUACUGCCUAACACAAGCCACAGGACGACUGAAGAUCAACGUUAAGGGCAGAGGUUCAAAGUCACUGUUUGUUGACAUUAGCUCUCUAAAGCUAGAAGGGAAUCAUUUGGUUCCUUUCUGAAAGGGAAAAAGGAUCUCAGUGUAAUAUCUCCUGAUUUAUUUUUUUGGUGGAAGGCAGUUCUUUGGGCCUGUCCAAAGCCCGCCAUGCCAAAAGAGUGGUAAAACUACUAAUUAUGCAGUGUACCGAUCUGCAAUACGAGUUUCUUAGCUCUCAAUGUGAAGCGUAUGCCAGUUUUAAAAAUGCUGCUUUCAUCCCGUUCAACCUGUAUUCAGGCUCCAUGGCUUUCUCUGUGUGUAUAUGUAUAUAUGUGUAUAUAU